UUUUAUUUUAUUUUUGAUGUUUGCCCUAAUUUCUAUCUUUCCAUUUCCGCUCAGCCUCUCUCCCUCCACAUCCGUUGCAAGCUUGUAAAACCUCCAACCGGCAACCACCGCCUUCCGGCGUAUCGGACGGCGGCCUACUGUCACUCUCUAUCAAGACGUCUGGUAUUGCAGCUUGUAGGCUCAAAUCUCAACCAUUUCCUUUCUCCUUCUUCUUGGGUAAGCAUACUCCAUCUGUCGUUAGUUUAAUAAUUUACUAGUCUCUCACUGGCUUUUUCUCAUUCCGCGAAGAGCUUUUUGCCAUUCUCCACGAAUCGUUGCUCUGUUCUGAAUAUAAGAUGCUUACAAUUCUCACGGAUAAGGGAACUGGUAUCGUGACCAGUGUACCUAGUGAUGCUCCUGAUGAUUAUAUGGCAAUGCAUGAUUUAAAAUCAAAACCAGCUCUUAGGGCCAAAUAUGGUGUUAAAGAUGAAUGGGUGCUUCCCUAUGACAUUGUUCCCAUUAUUGAUAUCCCAGAAUUUGGAGAUAGGGCUGCUGAAAAAGUUUGCGUGGAUCUAAAAAUUAAAAGUCAGAAUGAAAAGGACAAGCUUGCUGAAGCUAAAAGAUUAACAUAUUUGAAAGGAUUUACUGAUGGAACACUAAUUGUUGGUGAAUUUUCUGGGAGGAAAGUGCAGGAAGCAAAGCCUAUGAUUCGGAGCAAGCUAAUUGAAACUGGUCAAGCUAUCCCAUACAGUGAACCUGAGAAGCGUGUUACCUCCCGGUCUGGAGAUGAGUGCAUUGUAGCUCUUACAGAUCAAUGGUACAUCACAUAUGGGGAAUCAGAAUGGAAGAAGUUGGCUGAAGAUUGCUUGGCCAACAUGAAUCUGUUUUCUGAUGAGACAAGGCAUGGGUUUCAGCACACACUUAGUUGGCUUAACCAGUGGGCAUGCUCACGUAGUUUUGGCCUUGGAACGCGUAUUCCUUGGGAUGAACAAUUUCUAGUUGAAUCAUUAUCUGAUUCCACCAUUUACAUGGCUUACUACACCAUUGCUCACUUUUUGCAUAAUGGGGACUUGUAUGCAUCAGAUGCCUCUGCAAUCAAGCCCGAGCAGAUGACCGAUGAAGUGUGGGAUUUUAUCUUUUGUGGUGCUGCAGAACCAAAAUCAACUGGUAUCUCACAGUCGGUUCUUAAUAAGAUGAAACAGGAGUUUGAGUAUUGGUAUCCAUUUGAUCUUAGGGUUUCUGGAAAAGAUCUUAUUCAGAAUCACUUGACAUUCUGUAUUUACAAUCAUGCUGCAAUUAUGCCAAGGCACCAUUGGCCUCGUGGGUUCAGAUGUAAUGGGCACAUCAUGCUUAAUUCUGAAAAGAUGUCUAAGUCUACUGGGAAUUUUAGAACUCUGCGUCAGGCAAUCGAAGAAUUUUCUGCCGAUGCCACACGAUUCUCAUUGGCUGAUGCUGGCGAUGGUGUCGAUGAUGCAAAUUUUGUUUUUGAGACUGCAAAUGCUGCAAUAUUACGUUUGACUAAAGAAAUUGCAUGGAUGGAAGAUAUUCUACAGGCUGAUUCUGCUUCAUUCCUUAGAACAGGCCCUCCAUCAACUUAUGCUGAUCGGGUAUUUGAAAACGAAAUUAAUAUAGCUGUUAGAACGACCGAGAAAAAUUACAAGGAUUACAUGUUUCGGGAAGCUCUGAAGACCGGUUUUUAUGAUCUCCAAGCAGCUAGGGACGAGUACAGGUUUUCAUGUGGCGCUGGAGGCAUGAAUCGUGAUUUGGUUUUCCGUUUUAUGGAUGUCCAGACGCGACUUAUUACUCCAAUCUGUCCACACUAUGCAGAAUAUGUUUGGAGGGAAAUGUUGAAGAAAGAAGGAUUUGUUAUUAAUUCUGGCUGGCCUUUGGCCGAUUCUCCUGAUUUAACUCUCAAAAUUGCGAACAAAUAUCUCCAAGACUCAAUAGUUUUGAUGAGGAAGCUUCUUCAAAAGCAACUUUUAGGAUCUAAAAAGGGCAACAAGAAGGGUGCUCCUGUCACAAUGGUGAUUGAGGACAAGAAAUUAACUGGCUUGGUAUAUGUGAACGAGCAAUUCGACGGAUGGAAAGCAGAAUGCCUAAGGAUACUCCGAAGUAAAUUUGACCCGACUAGACGUACGUUUGCACCAGAUAGUGAAAUAAUGGAGGCACUACAGAACAGUUCAGUUGGGCAGGCAGCAGAUUUUAAAAAAACACAGAAGCAAUGUAUGCCAUUCUUGAGGUUUAAGAAGGAUGAGGCUGCUGCACUUGGGGUUCAGGCCUUGGACUUGAAGCUUCCAUUUGGGGAGAUGGACGUCCUUAGAGAGAACUUGGAGUUGAUCAAGAGGCAAAUAGGUUUGGAAGAGGUGGAGAUUUUGUGUGCAUCUGAUCCAGAUGCUGUUGCAAAAGCCGGUGCUUUGGCUUCAUUGUUGACUCAGAAUCCUCCAUCCCCUGGGAAUCCUACUGCCAUUUUCUUAACAAGUUGAGAACAAUAUUCAAGGCAUUCUGUUUCUUGCAGCAUCCUGUUGAUGUCCAAGUAUGGGUUCAUGGUUUUCCCUUUUAAGUUCUACAAUGCAUGCCCGUUACUCGAACUAUCCCUUCUUUCAUUGCCGAUGUUACUCGUAAGGCUUCGAUUAUGAGCAUAUUUCAGUUUUGCUGCCUGCUGCCAUGAGUAAACUUUACUGAUUGUGAACUGAAUGGUAACUGUGAAAGUUCUUAUUAAUGAUAACUUGUUUGCAUUGUUUAACAGAAGACAAUUUCCUUGCAAAAAAAAAACAUUUGUAUAUCACACUGUUGCUACUAAUUUCACUUGUUAGAUCAAGGUA